UAUCUCCACCCCGUUUUAAUUUCUUCAUCAACUCAUCUUAACUGCAACCAAAACCUCUUUAACCCAUUUGGAUUUUGGAACUCCUUUCAUUUCGGAUAUUGGUCUGAAACGCAAUGUUGUUGGAUUAAGAACCACAACUUAUUGAGUUCAGUAGCAUAGCAUUGUGCUUAACGAUGAAAGGAGGAGGAGGAGGCUACUUCUAUGGGCUGAAGAUGAAGCAGCUCUCUCUCUUCUUUAUAGUUUUUAUCUGUGCAUCCAUUGUAGUUUGGAACUGGGAGAAAACCCCUCCUCUAACAACUUUGCUACCACCUGAUGAUCAAGUAUUGCAACCCUUUACAGAUGAACUGAAAAGGGAACAUGUCACCCAAGAAAAAGAUGAUCUUAAAGAAGUUGAACCCGUGGUGGAUUUAGCCCUGCCAUCACUUUCAACAAACACAGCCUCUUUGAAUGCUCGACAGGAUGAACAUCCAAGAACUUCUCAUGACAAGCACCAUGAGAACACCAAAAUUGUAGUUGAAAAAUUCAUUCCUGAAGGAUACAAUGGUUCGAAAUCCUAUCAACCGCAGUUAGUAGCUUCAGUGAACUCCGAAACAACAGAGUCGGCUAUGAGAGAAGGCAUUGACUCUCCAAAGACUAACUUAGAAAAGCAAGCUUGCAACUUGGGUAAAGGGAAGUGGGUUGCUGCCGAUAACCGGCCUCUGUAUUCAGGAUUUGGUUGUAAACAAUGGUUGUCUGGAAUGUGGGCUUGCCGUUUGACACAGCGAACAGAUUUUGGGUAUGAGAAGUUGAAGUGGCAGCCAAAAGAUUGCAAAAUGGAUGAUUUCACAAAAGCUAAAUUCCUUAAGAAAAUGCAGGACAAGACGCUAGCUUUUGUUGGGGAUUCCUUGGGCCGACAGCAGUUCCAGUCUCUAAUGUGCAUGGCGACUGGUGGUGAAGAGAUGGCCGAUGUUGAAGAUGUUGGGAAGGAAUACGGUCUAGUGAUACCUCAUGGAUCAGCUCGGCCGGACGGGUGGGCUUAUCGUUUCCCGAGUACCAACACGACCAUCCUAUAUUAUUGGUCCGCGACUCUGUGUGACUUGCAGCCGGUUGACCCCACAAGCCAAACGACAGAUUACGCGAUGCACCUGGACCAACCACCGGCUUUUUUGAAACAUUUCCUCGACAGAAUCCACGUGCUUGUUCUCAACACCGGGCAUCACUGGAACAGAGGGAAGCUUAACGCGAACCGAUGGGUUAUGUAUGUGGGAGGCAAACCUAACACGAAUAGAAGGAUCGCAGACAUCGGAGGUGCUAAAAACUUCACGAUUUACAGUGUUGUGAGGUGGGUGAAUUCUGAGUUACGGAAACACCCAGGGUUGAAGGCGUUCUUGAGGUCGAUUUCACCGAGGCAUUUCUUUAACGGAGAAUGGAAUACGGGAGGUACGUGUGACAGCACGAGACCGGGGGCGUUGGAAGUGUUGCAAGACGAGUCUAGCGAUCCGGUAGCUGCGGGGGCGGUGAAGGGAACGAAGGUGAAGCUUUUGGAUGUGACGGGUCUGUCUCUGGUGAGGGAAGAAGGUCAUAUUUCGAGAUACUCGAUGCGAGGAAGUCCAGGAAUGCAAGAUUGUUUGCAUUGGUGCUUACCAGGGGUUCCAGAUACAUGGAACGAGCUUCUUUUUGCAGAAAUAUAGAAAUAGCAGUUGGGUGGAUAGUUGUGUUAAAACCAAACGAAACCAAACCAUAGGGAGGGAGGGAGUGUUUGUUGUUGUUGUUUUUGUUUUUUAUAAUGUUGUUAUCAUCUAUAAAUAUA